AAACUAGGAAGUAACACACGUUUUUCAACGAUUGCAUCAAACUGCAUUCUUUCAGUGAAAACGGCUCGUAAGAUGAACGGUGGUGCUGAACCUCUUCUACGGUUCUCCGAAGCGAAGAAGGUGCUUGGCGAUAUCUACACGGACUUGGCGAAGCACGUCGAUGAGCUUGAUGACGUUUAUAAAAGUAUAAUAUACCUUUAUCAGAGUUUCUGGCAAGCUAAAGAAACCACUCUACUUCGUGAAUCUAUAAAGACUAUUAUGGAGACGUUUAGACGAGAUCACAUGAAGGUUGUCUUUUUCGGAAGUAACGGGAAGAGUACCACCAUCAACGCUAUGCUCCAUGCAAAGAUUCUCCCUCAAGGAAUGGGGCAUACUACAUGCUGUUUUCUACAAGUACAAGGUUGUACUGAGGAUACUGGAUAUUUACUGCUUGAAGAUAAUCCUGUCCGUAUUCCUAUAGAUCAGUUAAGUAAAAUCGGUCAUGCUCUCAGUAGCGACAAUUCUGGAUUGCCUGCAAUGGGACAAGAUUCGUUACUGCGUAUUUUUCAUCCGAAAGGACAUGGUGAAGAAGAGAAUCGCCUACUGCAAAACGACGUUGUUAUUUUGGAUAGCCCAGGGGUGGAUUUAUCUCCUGAAUUCGACAGUUGGAUUGACAAGCAUUGCUUAGAUGCAGAUGUUUUCGUCCUAGUUUUAAAUGCAGAGUCCACCCUUACACAAGCGGAGAAAAGUUUCUUCUACCGAGUUGCGAAGAAACUUAGCAAGCCGAAUGUAUUCAUUUUGAACAAUCGUUGGGAUGCGAGUGCAGCGGAGUCAGAACACGUCGAGGAUGUGCGACAACAACACUUGACGCGUUUUCGACAGUUCUUAGUGAACGAACUUGAGGUGGCCACCGAUCGAGACGUAAAAGAUAGAAUUUUUUUUGUUUCUUCAAGAGAGGUACUUGAAUCACGCUUGAAAGCACGAGGUUUGAUAAAGUCAGCGUAUCAAAUGGAUGGUCACCAUGUGAGGGCCAUGGAAUUUGAAAUGUUUGAACGGCAAUUUGAACAGUGCAUAUCAAAAUCUGCCAUUCGUACAAAAUUCGAAGCUCACAAUCGACGGGCCAAUGAAAUCAUUGCAAAGAUGCGCGCAAACGUUGACGUAGUUUAUACAAACACGAACAAUACCAAACUAAGUUUGGAAAAAAACCUCCAGAGGAAUACACAAACGUUCAGUGAUUGUCGGGAGAACUUUGCACAAUUUGAACGAGCCUAUCGUGAACAGACGGAACGUCUAAGGGCUGAAGUUCAUUUAAAGGUGUCUGCCGAUUUCAGCGAGGAGAUAAUGAGGCUGGAGGCAAUAAUUGAUCGCUUCAAUAUGCCAUUCAUAGACACCAAAGAAGGAAUAGUGAAAUAUAAACAGGCUCUGGCCGAAUUCACCGAUAAAUGCGUCAGUUCAGAUCUUGAAGCGAGGUGUACUGGUGGUUUAAUGUCUCGAAUAUGGAACCUCGAGAAUGACAUGUUCCACUACGUUACCAAGAUCCUAACUGAGCCGUACCAACAUAAACUUGAAGAAGUGUGGAGGUAUCGAGCUCCCUUUAAAUUUAGUAUCUGUGUGGAUGCUCCAGCGUUAACCAUGGAUUUCCACGAGGAUCUCGAGUUUCGUUUCACUUUUGGUUUAUCUGCUAUAAUUCGUCGAAUAGUAGCAUAUCGAUCAGGUCAACCUGUAACAGCUAUUCAGACUAAUCUACUGAGACCGCUGCACUCUGAAUCCCACACUGAAGCUGUGCAAAAUGUGGUUGAUGAGAACGCAAUGAUGACGCAGAUGGUCUUAACAUCGGCCAGUUACCUAGCAAAUGGCAGUAUAGGGUUACUAAUUGUUGGUGGCAUCGUGUAUAGAGCUGUUGGAUGGCGCGUGAUCGCAGUAACUGCGGCGACAUAUGGCGGCCUUUACUUAUGGGAGCGUAUGCGGUGGAAUUCACACGCCAAGGAACAACAUCUCAAGGAACAGUUUCGUGCGCACCUAGCUGCUAGAAUGCAACAAGUCGGGGCAGCCCAUACGACGCAUUGUGAAACUCAAGCCAUGAGAGAAAUGGACCAAGUUUUCGAUGGUCUUCGUGCAACUGUUGCCGGUGUUCACAGAGAGAUGAAAGAAGAGUUGGACAAAGACAAAAAAGAAAUCGAUAGAAUUGAUGGGACAUUGAAGAAUCUUGUCACCAUCAAAGGAAAAACGGCGUUCUUGAUGAGAAGCCUGGAACAGUUUGCGUCAACGUUCCUGGCAUCAGAUUCUCCUUCGUAA